AUGAAGGCACUUUGCAGACGCUUGAAAGCGGGAAUUGGUGCAGUUGAGACAAGAGAAAGUCAACACGAAGACAGGUGUUUACAUCCAUCCAGAGCCACAGAGAGAUUCUCUGAAGCCGGGAGCCAGAGGCCUGGAAACGUCUUUAAACACCGGGAUAUCGGCGUGCAGUGUGAAAAGCCCACUUUGGUUGACAGAGGAUGCAACACUCUUCAGUUUAUAGGACAACAUCUUAAUGUGGGAGACAUAACUAGUGAUAAACUCACAGAUCUAUGUGCCAGUGAGGAUGGGAACAGACAGCUUGCAUUGCUCCUCAUCAAAAAAGAGCCUCAAGAGACUGAAUGCAACAGCUAUGCACCAGGAUACUUUCUACUAAAGCAAGAGGGUGCUGAGCCCAUACUGGUGCGCAGAGAGCCAAAUAAGGACAUCGUGAAAAGGGUUGUGGUCCCACCAGCAUUGCAAACAAUAACCAGGCCCGAUAACAGCAACAGAGGAAAGUCUCCACCACCACCAGUGAUUCCUUCCUCUUGUAGUCGCAGAGUGGAUUCCAGUGGUCAAAUACCCAAUCAGACUAUACAACCCAGCCGCGGUACAUCUGAAAGAACAUUGGAAAACACUGAAGGCUUGUCUUCCCAAAACAAAAAACAGAAUGCCAUUGCAUCAGCACAGACAUCAACUUCUUCAGUGCUUCCCAAUUUAACCCAGACUCCUGCUUCCAAUGUUAACUCAUCUGUGCCAAUGAUUGAGCUGUCUGGUGCUCUAUCAAUACCUCAGACCAAGCCUACAGCAUCAUUAGUUCAUCGUCGACCAAAACCAAAUCCUCAAACAUCAAACCAGACAGUAGUCCUUCAGAAAGAGGGGUCAAAUAUCUGUCAAAACACUUACUUAACUCCUGUACCUCCAAGCCAAGUCUUAGUUACAGAGCCUCAUUCCUUCAAACAGCGAGCUCAGGCAUUGGUUUCACAUACUGGGAAAACUUUUUCAACCAUUGCCUCGCUAAACCAGGCUCCUGAGCCAUUAACCCAAUGUUCCUCUCAACUUACACAACCACCAUUCUUUCCACCACAGUCCAUCAAAACUCCAACCCAUGAGAUGCCUCCACAAGUACACACUGUCGUGCCAUCAGGACACAUUCCUGUCGCAGCAGCUCCAAAUACUCUUCCACCAGUUCAGGAUAGGACUCCCUCAUCCAGUCUUGUUCCUUCUCAAUCUCAUGCUUUUGCAUCACCACAGGUAAUGCCAGCACAUUCUGUGAAUUCAAGUCCAUCAUUCCAGUUCCCUUUGGUUCUGCCACACAAUCCGGUUCAGGCGACGCCACCUUCUUAUCUACCAACGCAUGUUCCAUUUCCUUCUCCACACAUUCCAGUUAACGCAAUUCAGGGAUCCAUCUCCUUAAACCCACCUCAUGCUCCACUCCCUCAAUCUCAAUAUCUACCACAAUCCAAUCAGUUCUCCUCUUCUCCAGACCAUUUUUUUCCUCCACCCGAUAAUACGCCAGGUUUGCUUGACUCUCUUGAUACUUUGCAUUUGCAUUCGCCUAUCAUGAUAACGCCACAAGAUGCCUCGGGCUGGCACCCAUGCACCAUUUUCAGCCACCUGGGCAGUUUGCUCCCUCCUGCUAACACUGAAGAGCAACAAGCUGCUGCUGCCGCUCCACUAACGUUGUUUUAA